AUGACGGGCUCAUCCUCGUGGUCGGAGAACGCCCCGGGCGCCGACAUCCUGGACCUGGACCGGUACAUGCGCGGCACCCGGCCCGCGCGACGACCGCAGAGGAACAUAAACAGCUCUGGGCUGGUGGUGGACGCGGGCGCGGCGGGGCGGCGCGCCAGCCCGUCCAGCUCGGCCAGCUCGGCCAGCUCGGCCUCCGGGCCGUCCGGGCCGUCGGACAAGCGCUUCUCGCACGACUCCGGCCUGUCCGACACCAGCUACCGACGGGCUAGCCGCCAACAAAGACGUCAUACAGCAGACACCGUCAGCAAGAACGACGCCGCGGCGACGCGGCGGAGCAACAGGAGUGGCAGCGAGGCAACGCGGCAAGGCAAUAGCGGCGAGGCGCGACGAAGCAACAGCGAGGCGAGACGAGGCAAGAGCCGCGAGGCACGACGAGGCAAGAGCGGCAGCGAGGCGCACCGCACGUCAGAGAUCAAAGGCAGUUUGCGCGAGUCACUGGAGCGUGCGUUGCGUGAUCAGCAGGCAAGAUUUUUUUUAUAUAUUUUUUAUUCUACUGAAUGUACUCGUAAUCGCCUACGGUGA